CGCGGCUUGAUGCUGCUGGGUGCUGUGCUCAGGCGCGGGGGCCCGCGUGAGGAGGAUGCCAUUCCUUGCUUCGAUUGGGGUGCCCUGUGCGCGUCGUCGUAAGUGUUCGAUAUGUGGUUUUAAAUGUUCGUGCCUAUGAUAUUGACGGUAGUGGUGGCGGCGAUCGUGAGGCUCUCGACUGUUUACUCCGAGAGUUCGUUCAGUGCAAUGUGGGGUUGGGACGCGAUUGGAGCGUGGGUAUGUUUGUGGUCGUUCGUCGUUGGCGGGGCGGCAGGGGUUGCGUUGAGCUUGCUUGGGGUUUGGAGCUGGCCCGGGAUGCUGCAGUGGGACAGACAUGUAACCUUCGGUUAGCCCCCUCUCAGCUUCGUAGCCUUGUUGGUUGCGUACCGACAUGAUGGCAAGUUAUACAAGUACAAAACGAUGAGUUUGAAGCAACGGAUAUAUGAAGCACAAGAAUGAAGUAUGGGCGUAUGAGUAUACGAGCAUGAAUUACGAGUACGAGCAGCGUACUACAAACUACUCGUGCUCGUGCUCGUGCUCCUAACUCGCGGCAGACCGAUACUCUACUCUACUCUACUCUAUGUUUAGAGUGCUUUUAGACAAUGUCGUGCACCCCUCUCGUAAUGCUGCUCUUCCGACUGGCUGCACAACGACGUUUCGAGGAGAGUUACAUGCAUCGGACCGCCUGGUGAUCUGGGACGAGUCCGAUAUGCGUUGAGAAACGAAGGUGCAGUAAUACUGCAACGUCCUCGCACUCGCAUUCGGGUUCGCACGAGCCGGCCGAUCGAUAUGCGGGCUAAUAUAUACCGCAGGUAUCUAGACUACUCUAUCUAAACCGUCCCCGCCUGGACAAAUUCGGUGUCACCCCGAACCAAUGUGAACCUCGUCCUGCCGUCUUCCUGUAUAAUUUAUGGAAUUAUGAAAAUAUUAUCCUCCUUGGUCUCGCGUGGACGAUGUUGUGCCUCCUCUCGGGAGAGAGCCAGCCCGAGUCAACUAAGGGGGGUUGAGACAUAUUUACAUAUAGACAGACAUAUUGACAUAUUGACACGACCACGGAGGCAAAGCAGGAUUUUGUGACACAACAUCUCAUAUUGCCCAUCUCAUCCGAAUGGGGGCAGGUAUUGUUUGGUUAAAGUGCCUCCGCAGAACGAACUGCACUGGCCAAGCCAGCCACCGGGCACUAGCAGCGCCCACAACGUCCACUAAAGGAAUAUCGCGGCGGAUCCCUACUUAGUAGAUGAGCCAUUCUCGACGGGGCUAUUACUCCGCAGAGCGUCAUCUGAUGGCGACUCUAGGAUGGAGAACCAUGUGUGGCAUGCAGAUCUGGCCCAAAUGAAACCAACGAUGUUCAAAGCUGCUCUGUCGCGGAUUUCGUACUCGGACAUUGCCUGAUCGGCGCAUUCUUGCGAGGAAGAUGUCUGGGCAAUUAGUGAUGGGAGGUAAGACAUAUUUAAACAGCACAUCCAAUGUGUCUCCUUAUGAAGCGUCUAUUGUCCCUGUUCUCUGUCUCACCUCGUCAUCGAUCUUGUGUGUCUCAUCUCAUACUUUCUUGCUCAUCCCUUAUCUUGCCCCGUGGCCGCUGGCCCUACCAUAAAACUCUAUUUUACUCUACGCUGUGGUGGAGAUUAAAUAUACACAGAUCUGCAGUUGUGUAGAAGGUCAACUCACACCCUUUCAACAUGUUUGUCGAUGCCCUCAAGGACUUCGCGGCUGAGUCCCCCGCUGCAGCAAGUUUUGCAUGCGUUCUUCUCGUCGUCUCUCUCAUAUACUAUUUCGUCCAGCGCCCGCAGCGGCUUAACUUCCCUGUUGUCGAGCUGGGCGAUGACUUAGGCUAUGAUCGAGCUCUUGAUGAGGGCUUCUCAAAGUAUCCCGAUUCGCCGUUUGUCCUCCCAACCAACCCGCCGAUGGUUAUUCUACCACACGCAUGUGUGAAUGAAGUCAAGUCCCUACCAGAAAACAAAGUAUCAUUCAUGAAAGAUGUCCAGCAUAUGUUUACUAGCAAGGUAACUGGCAUUGGCGAGGAAUCACAUGAGAUCCUCUCUGCCGUUAAGAUCGACCUUACCAGGCACCUCGCCAGCGUCCUCGAUGGACUCCAGGAUGAGACUCGCUAUGCUAUCAACUCCGAAUUUGGCCCAUGCGAAGACUGGACGCCGCAGCCCGUAUAUUUCAAGCUCACCCGGAUAGUCGCUCUUCUCAGCGGCCGCGUCUUCGUUGGUCGGCCUCUAAGCCGCGAUGAAGCGUGGCUGAAAGCAACGAUCAACUACACGUGGGCUUGCAUCCAGGCCUCCGAUGCCUGCAAAAGAUACAGCCCAUACAUCCGCAACAUCGUCGGUCCCUACCUAAAGGAAGUCAAGGACCUGAAGAAGCACCGACAGGACGGUGCGGACUUGUUGCAGCCUCUCCUUAAUGAUCUCCUCGAGAGGGAGGCCAGUGAGAAACCCGGGUUGAACGGAUUCGACGAUCAGCAGGGAACGUUCUGUUCAUGGGUUCUGAAGUACACUGCUGAGAAGGACCGCGCGAGCGCACUGAACUUGGCCAACUCCCAGAUGUCCCUAUCAUUUGCAGCUAUUCACACCAGCUCUAUGGCACUCUCGCAAGUGGUCUUUGAUCUCGCUGCACGUCCUGAGUACAUCAAGGGUCUCCGUGAGGAGAUCAAAGAGGUCCUCGCCGAAGACGGCUACGACAUCGAUGGCGAUGGAUUCACGAAGCUAAAGAAGUCCUCCUACACCAAGCUCCGCAAGCUCGACAGCUUCCUCAAAGAAAGCCAAAGACUCUCACCUCCCGGCAUCACCUCCAUGCAGCGCGUCACCACCGCCCCGCUUACCCUCUCCACCGGCCAUACUAUCCCCACCAACACGCGCUUCGCCUUCGCCUCCGAAGCCAUCCACCGCUCCACCCGCACCACCACCUUCUCACCCGAAUACAACCCCGCCUCCUACGCCCCGCCCUCCGUCUUCGACGGCCUGCGCUUCUACAAGCUGCGCGAGAUGCCCGGCAAGGAGAAUCGUCACCAGUUCGUCACGACGGGGGAGGAUAGUUUGUCCUUCGGUCACGGGAUUCAUGCGUGUCCGGGGAGGUUCUUUGCUAGUAAUGAGAUUAAGGUUGUGCUUAUUGAGUUGUUGAGGAAUUGGGAUGUGAGGUUGAAGGGGGAUACGAAGAGGGAGGGGGGAGAUAGGCCGCCGAGCUUUAUUAAGGAGAGUGCGUGUGUGCCGAAUAUGCAGGCGGUGUUGGAGUUUAGGAAGUUGAGGAGCGAGGAGUGCGUGUAGGUGGAGGGGAUUUUGGAUAUGUUUGAAUUUGGGAAUUGUAUGCGGCGCGUUUUACGCAGGCAGAGACCUGGGAAUCUACGGAUGUGUGGUCUGAUCUAUCUAGCAUUUCGAUUUAAACGAUGC